AUGUCGGACUUUUGGACUCAAUUAAUAGAAUAUACAAAUGUAAUCGAAAAUGAAACACUUGAUAUUGAUAAUCCAGAACAUCUUUUAUCAAAACUUUUAACACAUGCUGAACAUGAACGUGAAUUACUUGAAGCUCAAUUUAAUCCAAUCUCAUCAAUAACAAAAGAAAAUCUUUCAAUAGUAUCUCAAUUACAAAAUGGUAUAUCAAUGGCUAAAAAACUUCUUGAACAACAUGAACAACUUCGAAUUCAAGAACGUAAAUUAGCAAUUGAAAUUAAAUCACAUGAAAAUAAAGCUGAAUUAAAUGCACAAGAUUUUCGUACAACUGUUAAACGUUUAAAUAAUACAGCUAGAAUUAUUGAUUAUCUUCAUUGUCUUGAAACACUUUUAAACUAUAGUUCAGCACUCAAAACAUCUCUUUCAACUGAAUCACUUGAUGAAUCAUUAUCAAUCUAUACUAAAUUAGCACAUCUUACUGAACUAGUACAUGAUACAUCAACUGAAUAUUUACGUUCAUAUAGUGUUAAUCUUACACUUUAUUGGUAUGAACAAUUGAAGACUGUCAUUGAUUCACGUAUGGAAAAAAUUUUAAACACUAUUGAAUUUCCAUAUGUACAUAAAGUGCCAGCAAGUCAUUUAAAUGAAUUAUUUGAUAAAAAUCGUGAUAAAUUAAAACAAGAAUUAAAUUAUUUAUUAAAAUUACGUUUACCAAAUCAUAUUAAACAUAAUGAUGUACAAUCACGUUUACGUUUUAUUGGUUGGAAACCAAUACCAUUAUUAAUUCAAAUCUUAUUAAAAGGUUUUAUUAUUCGUUUUAAUUUUCAUUUUUAUGGUAAACAAAAAACAAAUGAUCGUCGUAAACCUGAAUGGUAUCUUAAUCAAAUAAUUAGUUGGAUUCUUGAUCAUGAUUAUUUUCUAAUUGAACAAUUACAACCAUUAAUUAAUGAAUUUUCAGAUGUUCCACCUAUUAAUGUUAAGGUUGAAUUUAUUCGUGGUCUUAUUGAACUUAUUAUUGUUAAACUUGAUAGUCAAAUAACAUCAAUAUUAAUUGAUACAUCAUUAUUUACACAUUAUAUUGAAGAAAUUCUUAUUUUUUCACAACGUCUUUUUGUAAAAGAUAUUGAUUAUCCACAUAAUUUACCUAAUUGUAUGAAUUUAUUAUGUGAUGAAAUUGUUUUUGAAAAAUGGUUUCAAGUUGAACAAGAUGUUUCUCGUACAAAAUUAAACAAUAUAUUUCAAUCACCAACAGCACAUCAAAGUGUUUAUGAACGUAUGCUUGAACGAACACCAGAUGAAAUUAAAAUCAGUGAAUGUGCUGAAACAUUUUUAACACUUCUUCAUGCAAUGGAAGAUCGUUAUCGUCAUGUACCUUAUCCAUCUUGUAGUCUUCGUUUAUUUUCUUUACAAAUUGAUUUAUUUGAUGAUUUUUUACAUGAUUUAAAAAUUUCUUUAAAUAUUGAACAACAAGAUAUUGAUCCAUUAUCAAAACAUUUUUGUUCAAUACUUAAUUCAAUUGUUUAUAUAGCUGAUGUUAUUCAACAAUGGAAAAAUCGUUCACAUUAUCAACGUUUACAAUAUUUCUAUGAUGAAUAUAAAAUUUUUAUUAAAAACUAUGGAACAGAUAAUAAUGACGAAGAAAAUUUCAAUAGAAUUGACAUUGACUCAACAUUAGCUCAACAAUUUGAUUUAAUACAAUUAAAUAAAGAAACUAAUUUUACAGUAGCAUCAAUAUUUGAUUAUUUACUUGAACAAUAUCGUGAUGAUGAAGAAAAAAUGUGUAAUAUUAUUGUUAAUUAUAUUGUUAGUUUACUUAAAGCAAAAAGUCGACGAUAUAUCAAUGAAAAAUGGUCAACAAUGCCAAGUCCAAAAGAUUAUUUUAAUAUGAGUAUAUCAUUAUCAGCUAUUGAUAUGUUAGUAGAAUUACAAACAACUUUUUCUAAUUUAUCAAUAAAUCUUUUAAAAAAUAUUUCAAAUGAAAUACGUGCUAGAAUUAUUAUGGAAUUUGAUGGAUAUUUAUUUAGUUGGCUUGUCAAUGAUCAUACAUUUAAUGAAGGUGGUGCAUCACAAUUUCUUUUUGAUAUUAAUCAAGGAUGGACUCGUAUUGCCAAUGAUCAUGUGUCACUAUUAUUUAAUAAAUGUCGUGAAUCUGCUUUACUUCUUACAAUGCCAAUCGGUUCUGCUCUUUUAUUAGUUGAUGCUUUACAACAAGAAUUAUCUAUGACAUCUUUAUCAAAUGUCUCGUCUAAAGAAUCUAUAAUAUCAUCUCCAUUACCUUCUGCUUUACAUGAAAUGGGUAUUCAUCAUUUAAGUGAAUUCGAAGCUGAUCAAAUACUUCAACGUCGACUUGAUUUAACUAAUUGUUAA